UGUAUUUUUUUUAAUAUUUUAAAGUUUUUAGUAAAAAUGGAGCCACCAGUAACGGUUAGCUCUACAAACCUUCAAAAAUUUAAAGGGCUUUGUUUUACAACUCUAAUAAUAAUUUCUUCGUUUCUUGGAACUAUUUAUGUUUUAAUACCUCUAACGCCCUUAGCCUAUUUUAAUCCAAAACUUUUUCGUUUAAUUGUUGACUUUCUUAUCGGAUAUUGGCUUGUACUUCCCACAUCAUUGGUAGAAUGGAUGUUUGGGGUGCGAAUUCAAGUACUUGGUGAUGGAAUUGACCCGAAAAGGCCAAGUCUUAUAAUUAUGAAUCACCGAACUUGUUUGGAUUGGCUUUUCUUUUGGUGUGCACUUUGGCGUAUUGAUCCUAGCUUAAUUACUACAGAAAAAAUUGUUUUAAAAGGAGAAGUAAAAUAUUUGCCUGGUGCAGGUAUUUUUUCUUUAUAUUUUUUUCAGAAAAUUUUUGAAGGUUGGGCAAUGGCAUAUAAUGCUUUUCUUCUUUUGGAUAGAAAUUUCCUUACGGAUAAGGCUCGUAUUGAAACUUUUGUUGAAUAUUAUGCUCGAAUGGAUCGAAAAUAUCAUCUUUUGCUGUUUCCUGAAGGGACGGAUAAAUGUCCUAGAGCAACUGAGAGAAGCAAUAGUUUUGCAAAGAAAAAUGAUUUAGUCCAAUAUGAAUAUUUAUUACAUCCUAGGACACUUGGAUUUGUUUUUUUGUUACAAAAAAUGCGAAAAGAAAAAUGUGUUGAUUAUAUUUAUGAUGUUACUGUUGGAUAUGGGGACCAAAUUGUUCAAUCAGAAACUGAUUUGGUUUUGCGCGGAAUGUGUCCAAAAGAUGUUCAUUAUUUAAUCCAACAAAUACCCGAUUCUUCUUUGCCAAAAGAUGAUGAACAAUUAGAGAAAUGGUUAAAAGAUAAAUGGGCGAAGAAAGAGAAAAUUCUACAUAAUUUCUAUAAAGAGAAGGGAUUUCGACGUCAAAAUGGUUGGUCAUCUCAAUUUAAGAAUUUUCAGUUAACUCCAAAACUUAAAUUAUUGCAAAUUGCUGUCGUUUGUAUUUGGUUGGCAGCUACCUAUUUUUGGUUAUAUUUAUUUGUUAGUUUAAAUCAUCAAAUUUGGUAUUCGCUUUUGGCUCUAGUGUCAAUUGUUGGUCUACAAAUUUAUUAUAAUGGUUUUGAAAUGUUUUUGGCUCGUUUGUCUAUUCGGUGA